AUGGGGCCAUCAUCGUCGUCGUCGGCAGCACGGAAGCGAACCAAUACUCCAAAGAAACCCUUGACUAAGCCUCCACCUUCGAAGAAACCCGCCAGACCGAAUGCUAGCAUUUUGAAUUUUUUCCAAAAGGCCGAGAAGCCUGAACCUACUCUCUUCUUGGAUGGUCACGACAAGCUCGCGAUCUGCCAAAACGGAGAAACCGAUGAACCGGAGAUCUACGAUACUGAAUCGUGGGAGGAGGAGAGGUUCAACGAGGUCGAGGCCCCACUCAAGAAGAGAAGGCUAAGUCAAGAUGAAGAGGAAAUGGAAAGAGAAUAUCUUGUGGAGAAGAAGUCUGAAAGACCUAUACAAUCCGACCCAUUUCCAUCAUCGUCAGCCUCAGAGGCGAAGCCCGCAAAGAAACAAUCGACCAAGCGCAAGGGUCCCUUUCUCGACGAUUCCGACAGCGAGGAGGAUGUAGUUCCGGCACAUAAGACGCCAUUUCUAGGCAAUAUGCGUAAUCGACCGCCCAUCAUACCGCCCGUCCAGUCGGAGGAGGCAAUACCCCUUACUAAAGAGACCAGCUGCGCGCCACCGCCACUAAAGGUUGAGAACUCAAUCGAUGCCGAGUUUGCAAAUAUUGACGAGUUUGGUGACCCAGACGAAUUUCCCGAUGACGACGACUUUGGUGGCGAAGAGUACCGCAUGAUGCAGUAUAUGGAGGAGCAGGCUCGUUUGGAGGCUGAGGCUGAGAAUGGCGACACCGGAGAUAGCACUUACGACGACCUCGCCGCUCCUGCGCGACAUAGUGACGCCAUGGUGGCCAAUUGUCCAAUAUGCGACGGCAGCCUUGCUGGCAUUACAUCCGACGAGGCAACACGACAUGUCAAUGCCUGCCUCGAUGGCAGCCCAAUCCCGCUUCCCCGGCCCAAAGAAAACAAAAAGAUUAAAAAACAAGUUAUUGCUAGACCACCAAUCCUUGACUCUCCCGAAGUUAGCAAACGAUUCGCGCGCGCAGCUAUUCCUCGAGAAGGCCAGGCCAGCCCCUUCAACCUGAGCGAGGUUGAAAAUAAGCCAACCUCGGCUUUCAGCAAGUUGAUGUCAAGCCAUGCUGAAGACGCGGCAUGGUCCGGUGCUGCCGCCGCAGAACAUUCGGCACGCGGAAAGCCUGCGUAUCAGCGAACCUGUCCGUUCUACAAGAUCAUGCCUGGGUUCUACAUCUGUGUGGAUGCCUUUAGGUAUGGUGCGGUCAAGGGAUGCAAUGCAUACUUCUUGAGCCACUUUCACAGUGACCAUUACAUUGGUCUCACUGCGAACUGGACGCAUGGCCCUAUAUACUGCAGCAAGGUUACAGGUGACCUUGUCAAGAUGCAGCUGCGCGUUGCUGCCCACUGGGUCCGGCCUCUCGAGUUCGAUGAGACAGUUGACGUACCGGGCACCGAUGGUGUGACUGUAACUAUGAUACCCGCAAAUCACUGCCCCGGGAGCUCCCUAUUCUUAUUUGAGAAGACCAUGGGAAAGGGGCCGAGUGCAAAGAAACAAAGGGUACUGCACUGUGGCGACUUCAGGGCCUGUCCAGCACAAGUUGCGCAUCCUCUUCUGAAGCCCGAAGUGCAAGACUCCAUUUCUGGUAAGAUUCGGGAGCAAAAGAUUGAUGUUUGCUAUCUGGAUACGACUUACCUCAACCCUCGCUACUCAUUCCCCCCCCAGAACGAUGUCAUCAAGGCUUGCGCGGAUAUGUGCAAAUCAUUGGCUCCAGAUCAAUCAUCGGAGGACAACACCUGGGACAGAAUAAACAGAGAGGCCGGUACGGAAACCGUCAGCAAGUUCUUCACCAAGACGAAUGUAGAAGGGGAGGCUUCAAACCCCAAGCCUAAGAAUGCCCCCAGAGAGCGCCUUCUUGUCAUCUGCGGCACCUACUCGAUCGGCAAAGAGCGUAUUUGCAAGGCCAUCGCGCAGGCUUUGGGCAGCAAAAUUUUUGCUUCCAAGUCGAAGAUUCGGAUCUGCUCGAAACUUGGAGAUCCAGAGUUGACAUCGCUCAUGACAGACAAUCCGUACGAAGCUCAAGUUCACAUGCAAAUGCUAAUGGAAAUCCGAGCGGAAACUCUGCAGGAGUAUCUCAACUCGUACAAACCGCACUUCAGCCGCAUUGUCGGUUUCCGCCCCUCUGGCUGGAACUACCGACCACAAGGGGCCAGCAAAGCGGUCACGGCUAGUACACAACCCGGGACUAUUCCAACAACACAGAUCUUCCAGGGAAAGGCGUGGCGGUCACGGUUCGGAGCAAAGGACUUUGUGGCACAACGUGGCAGCACUAAGGAGGCCAUGUGCUUUGGAGUGCCCUACAGUGAGCAUAGCAGCUUUCGGGAGCUGGCGAUGUUUCUAAUGUCAUUGCGCAUCGAGAGGGUCGUUCCCACAGUCAAUGUUGGCAGCGAGGUGUCAAGGAAGAGGAUGAAGGGCUGGAUCGAUAAGUGGCUAGCUGAGAGGAGGAAGGGCGGCCUCCUUCGUCCCCUCGAGGGCGAAGAGAGUGAAGGCACGGGGGUCACGCUUUGGGAUGGCAAAGACGGCCGCGGAGGGGGCGUUUGGUGGUGA